AUUGAUACGUAGGUGGGAAGAUCUUUAGAAUAUCUUACCAGCUGGAAGAGCUGUUUUCUUCCAUUGAAAAGAAAGGGAAAAUGUAACAUUUAAAUAAAACCCAACGACGGUCAGAUGGUUUCAGGAGUCUACCUGGCUGAUUAUGCCAGACUGAAAGAUGGGGAUCCUAAAAGCAUGUUGUUUUUAAACAGUGAAUUUGUAGUUUCAAAAUACGUUUAAUAAUGGUACUGUGAACUUCAAAAAUGUGUGGUGCUCUUUUGUAUCUUUCUUGUUAUCAGUUCAGUAAUAGCAAAAUAUUCCUUUCUAGGUAACUUAAAAGAGAAAUGCCUGAUAGUGCUUCUGUUUCUCAUUGGAUAAAAAUAACCUCGAAGCUUAUUUGCAAUGAUGAUGAAUAACCAGUGAAGACAUACAGCAUUUUCUGAAAUAUUGAAUGUUCUCAUCAUGAAGAUCUCUCUUCUGCAGCAGAUGUAUAAGGACGUGCUGGUUGGCAUUCCACUGACAAAGGAAAGCCACCAUUAUACCUCUCUACUUAAUCCGUGUGUUGAACAGUCAGCAGAAGGAGAUGAAUCAUGUCAUCGGAUGCAUCUGUCAUCUACUAAUGGUGGUAUUGGGAGCCACCAGGACACUGAGAUGCCAGGUGCAGUUGUCACUACGACAGAUGAUGUAUCAAAUAGCUUUGCAAACUUGAGCUCUUCAUUUUGUCCACGAGAAGUGAUGCUGCUUCAGUUAACCUUGAUCAAGAUGAUGGCUGCUAAAGCAGAGUCCCGGGAAACAGAGUUCAGUAUGAGACAGAAGUACUGUGAGAUCGUUGUCCUUCUUCUGAAGGAGGCAAAAAUUGACUCAAAAUUGGUUUGUCUGCUCGGUAGUUGUGAUCAGCUGUUAUCUCACAUGGCUUCAAGAAGUUUAGCUUCUCUUGUGUAUUUCCAGCUGAAGGAAGAGAACACAUUGAAUGUCACCUGGCUGACCUUCAGUUUGAAGACUCUUUCAGGAUUCUCUGUGAACACCCGGGUAGCACAAUGUCUGUGGACCCUUACAGCUAUUGUCAAGGACAUACUGAAAGAUAAAGCUUUGCCUAAAGCAGGUAUUUUCAAGAAGUUGUUGGCUCCCCUUGAUGCUGUGCUGGAAGGAUUUUAUAAUUCCAUUCUGUUCCAUCGCUUUGACAGUCACCACUAUGCUUCACCUUAUUCUGAAGAUACAAACACUUUGGUCAGUUUUAUAGAUCUACUUGAAGCACUUCUGGCUUCCAGAAUUGAAUUAGAACCACUCAGAUGCCAGAGAAUAUUGUUCUUGAAAGUGUCUCAUGUCCUGGAUGUCAUUAGCUCACCAGUUCACUAUUUAAUCAAGAAGAAGUUAAUUUUGCUCCUUAAAAAAUGUGUCCUUUACAAGCCUAGAGAAGAUGCUAAAUGUGGAUCGCUCUUUUUCCAAACACCAUCUUUACAUGAGGAUAUGCUUGCACUGAGUAAUGCUGUCCUGCAGCUUGUGGAUUUGACUUGGCUUAAUCAGAUCCCACUCAGUGAAAAGGCCAGCUACUUUGGAGGCAGUGAAGCUGCUCCUGGAGGUAGUACUCCAGGUGGUCCUGACCAAACUGUUCUCAGAGCCUUAAGUCUGGUUGUGCUUAAAGCAUUGGAAUUCAAGUUUGAGAACUCUACUACAGAAACUGAAAUCAAAGGAGUGAAGUGUUUAGAGUGAGGGGGAAAAUUAAGAUUUGCAGGGAAAAUACUCUUAUGUUAAUCAUUCCAGCAAGGACUUCAGACCAUCUCAAGAAGGAGACUUCCAGAAUUCCAUGUCCCAGCUGUUGAUGUUCUGGAUGAAUCAUCUGAAGUCUUCCCCACAGUCUCGCCCAGUUGUACAUCACUGUGAAUG